UCUGCGCUUGGCAGGAGGAGAACUGUCAGCCGCCUGAAUGAUCUGAUUCUUCCCUUGCGCCAAUUUAUUCCUGGCCAGAUGCAGUGGGUUCUGUUCCUGUUGCUGUUAUUCGUAAACUCCAUGGAAAUGCUCGCUCAAGCCAGGAGAAAGAAACGAGUAAGCACCACGUUGUUUGAGAACUGCACCGGGUGUGUCAUGUGUUCGGAGGACAACGGAUGCAUCUCCUGCCAGCAGAGGCUCUUCCUGCUCAUCUGGAGGGACGGGAUCCGGCAGUACGGUGCCUGCGUCCAUGGCUGUCCACCGGGAUACUUUGGCGUGCGAGGCCAAGAGGUCAACCGUUGCAUUAAGUGCAGGUCUCCCAGCUGCGACAGCUGCUUCAGCAAAGACUUCUGCAUGAAAUGCAAAGAGCAAUUCUACCUGCACAAAGGCAAAUGCUUCAGUUCGUGUCCCCAGGACACUGUGGCCCUGCACAGCACCCGGGAAUGCCAAGGUAAGCCAAAAAAGUGCGAUGUGGGUCCCUGGGGCAGCUGGAGCCCCUGCAACAACCAAGGGCGGACGUGCGGCUCCAAGUGGGGCUCGACGACCCGGGUCCGCGAGGUCCUCAGGCCCAGCAAAGACGACGCAGCCGCGUGCCAAACACUCUCCGAGUCCAGGAAGUGCCGCUUGAAGAAGAUCUGCCCAGGAGAGAAGAAGGAAAACAAAAAGAACGAAAAAAGAGAGAGGAAACAGAGGAGGAAGAAAAAGCUGGAAUCUCUCAUGGUUAUUUAAUCGCCGUCAGAGCAAGUGGAAAUGUCAGGGAGGGGAGCAGUACACGAGGCAGACCAGCAGGGGGCAUCCUAGUGGACGAAAAAAAAAGACCUUCUUUCUCUGCCUCUGCGAGGUUCCUUCCUCAGCUAUUUUUGCAUUGUUCUUGUUUUUCCAUCUUUUCCAUCCAGAUCACGUUGCACAAUCCUUCUUUCCAGAAAGAGAGAAAAGGAAGCAUUUGCGGCCUGUCAGAUGUUUCCCCUUUAGAGGUCCUAAUUUGUUGCCACACAUGCAUCUCCCUCCUCACCCUCAGAUUGCCGGGAUGUUCAUGAAGCGGCACAGACAGAACAGUAUGGAAAAGAACGCCGGGGCCGUACG